AUGAUCUUCUCACCAAUUGCAACAAUGAAUACGGCACCAUUAAUCCCACCACAUGUACAAUCACCAUCGUUUAUUCGUAAAAGAAAUUUGCCAACUCCUCCUCCAUCUUUUGCUGAUGUCAACGAUUCUUCAUCGUGUUCUUCUUCUUCCUCUGUUUCUUCUGCUUAUUCGACAACUACUACUAGCAGCACGACUCUUAGUGACAAUAAUAAUACAGUGCCAUCAUGUGAUUUAUUAAAUAUAAUAACUGAUGCACGUUUUCGUCCAGUUUUUCAAGCAAUCGAUGAAAUAAAACGACGUAAAUGCCGGCCCGAUCUCGAACGUAUACUUAAAUACGUAGGAAAACGAUCUGCAGGAAAUAAUCUCUCUUGUCAACGCGAGGAAAUUCUCGUUAUACUCGAAGAUCUACUCAAACUCGGCCUUAUCACUAAAGUGUUUCACAAAGGUGGCUUUACAAUACGCAUCAAAAAUGAAAAAUACGCCAAAUUGAUUGAAAAAAUGAACGCAUGUUAUAAUCAAAAGACACCAACAGCAACACCAAUGAGUCCACAUGAAGCUGUGGCAAUGGCUGCUGCAGCUGGAACUAUCAAUUUCAAUCACCAGUCAUGGCCAUUACCACAACCAUAUGUAUUAAAUUCAACUGAAAAGAAUAUUAAUGAUCAUCAUCCUCGCAUACGUGAAACACCAUCACCAGAAUUUGCUGUAUUUAAAACUGAACCAUCAUCAUCAUCAUCAUUACCUGUCUAUCCAUCACUUGAUCAAAAUAAUAACUCGGGCAAGUUUCAAAUGAUUAAAGAAAAUGCUUUAGCAAAUGGAUCAAAUUUAUUGUCGAUAUCAUCUUCUUGUCCUUCCUCUUCCUCAUCUUCAACCGCGAAAUCGACGAAAAAACGUGCGCGAAGCCAAACGGUGCCAUCACAUGACAGUAAAAAGACUCGUUCAAUCAAAGCAUCUGACUUCAUUCUCUCCACCUCACCUUCUCCUGUUCUUCCUCUUGUGAAUAAUCAUAUUAAUAAUAUCAAUGACGAACACUUAUUUCGUAAACCAUUGCUAACCAAUAAUAAUUUACCACCGAUAACUAUUGAACAAAUUCUUGGAUUACGUGGUGAUAUUCCUGACGUACACAAUUGGUCAACAAAUCAAUUGAUUGACUUCUUUUACCAACAAGGUUAUGAAUAUGCGGCUAUGGUACUACACAAACACCAUAUCAAUGGAAGUAAACUGUAUGAAUUGAAACGAGAACAAGUAUUUCGAAUGUCGACAUUAAAAAUAGGCAAAGCAUUAAAAUUGUGGAACGUUAUUGAACAGAUACAACAAAAAUACUUAUCCUGA